CCCACCUUCUGUUUCAAUCUUCUUCUUUAUUCUCCGAUCACUUCUUUGGAUCCACAUCAUACAAAAGAAACUGUAUUUAUUCUUCACCGAUCAUCCAACGGAUCUUGGGUUGGUGACUAGGUAAUCUUUACAAAUUAGAAAAUGUCUUUUCCAAGCAAGAGGAGAGAUAUAGACGUCAUGAAAUUGAUGAUGAGUGACUACAUUGUGGAGCCAAUAAAUGAUGGAAUUAGUGAAUUUAAUGUGGAAUUCCAUGGUCCAAAAGAAAGCCUGUAUGAAGGUGGUGUCUGGAAAAUCCGUGUGGAGCUGCCUGACGCUUACCCUUACAAGUCUCCAUCCAUUGGAUUUCUGAAUAAAAUAUUCCACCCAAAUGUCGAUGAACUGUCUGGUUCUGUAUGCUUGGAUGUUAUUAAUCAAUCAUGGACUCCAAUGUUUGAUCUUCUCAAUGUGUUUGAGGUUUUUCUUCCACAGCUUUUGCUUUACCCAAAUCCUUCAGACCCAUUAAAUAGUGAAGCGGCAUCACUGAUGCUGAAGGAUCAGAAGCAAUAUGAACAGAAAGUGAGAGAGUACUGUGAGCAAUACGCGAAGAAGGAGAAUAUUACCGGUGCGCUGACAGAAGAUAGCGAGGAGGAGAUCAGUGAUGAUGGCAUUAGUAAUGGAAGUGUGUCAAGUGAUGAUGAUGUUGCUGGACAUGCAGACGCGUAAGGAAACCAAUGAAAUUGGGGCUUAAACAUGAUCAUAUUAAUAUUUUCAUUCAUGUGCUUCAUUACUUGUACAAUUAUGGAAGGGGUAUCUACAUACUGGAUACAUGAUAAAUUUAUAUGUACUGAGUCUAUAGUUUAUGUUGCACAUUGAAUUAAAUGAAUAGAAAUGAUGUUAGGGACUAUAUGCAGGUUUAUGCAAUGCAGUGAUUAAGGUAUUCUUCAUGCA